AGAUAUUCCGCCGGGUAAUUCUGUACUUUAGGCGGAGGAUGGAUUGGGAUUCGUAUUACAAUAGGCUAGAGGGAUGGGUUAAAAAGCAAUAUGAUGGUGUGACUAGUGUUCAAAGACGACUUGAGAAUUCUCUACUUGAACAGCAAAAAUAUUUAAAUGCAAAUGCACUUGCCCUUAAAAAGUACAAACAAGAAAUGGGAUUAUUUCAGUCUUUGUACUCUCGCAAUGGUGAUCCGAGCAGUUCUAGUCCACAAUCAGACGGAAGACGAAGUGCGCCAUCUCGACGAUACCUAAUACCGCAUCCUUGCCGCCGAAUCGCUGCUGAAUGUAUUGACAUUACAAUAAUGAUGGCAUUGAAAUUAGUUAUAUUGUAUUUCAUCAAGAACGACUCAAGUGUAAUUCAGCUGGUUAAAAAUAUGGGUUCGGACAUCCUAUCUGGGGUCCCGGAAUACCGUACACUCCGACGUGCACAUGGAUGGGCGAAGACGGAUUUCAGUGGAAAGGAAUUUCAAGUUUCAAGCAUUUGGAGGUCGUUAUUUUUUGCUCAUAUCGGUGCAAGAGAAGAUCUUCUGGAUUUCGAAACAAUUAUACUGGCUGAUCAGAUAGGACGGUUCCUAAGUGCCCUCUUGGAGGCAAUUCUAAUCAGGCGUUCAAUUUUUGGAUCUGAUCCUGGAGGUGCAACUCUUGGGAAGUGGUUUAUGAAUCUUAAGGUUGUUUCGUGUGAAGAAAUUAUACCUUUUCCAGAUGUCGUUGAAGUCGUUCCAGGAGCUGAUCUGGGGAUUAUUCGAGCACUUGUACGUUCGCUGUUGAAAAGUACAAGCUUUCUCACGUUCUUCUCAUUCGUUUGUAUGAUGGUAUUUCAAUAUCAUCGAUGUACAUAUGAUAUUAUUGCUGGAACUUUAGUUGUACAACCUAUUACACCAACAACUAAUCAUCAAUCAAACAGUAAUAAUGAACAAAGACAACAACCCCAACAACAGUGAUUGGGCAUAACAAUGAAUUUCCAUGUUAAACUUGUUUAAAUGCAAGUAUUCAUUGUAACAUAAAUAUUUUUUGAGGUCAAAUUAAAAAUAAAUGCAAUUCUGUUCGUGUGCUCCACUUUAAACCAUAUAAUUUUGAUGGGAAGGUUUGUGUAUUUCUACUACCCGUUUUCCAAAAACCGAAAUACAUAGCAUAGCUUGGAUGCUAAAAUAAUUCUAUCUCCAGUGAUUCAAGUUUGCCUAAAAAGCCGCUGCUCUUGAUCAAACAAACCUACCUCUUGUCUAAGUGGAAAGAUUCUAAUAUAAAUUCAGUGUAAUAAUUAAAAAUCAUAUGCUUUAAUCUAAUAAUCGUAAUUCUAAUUCUGAAUGGAAACAUGAAAAUGAUAAUAUAACAGUGUCAACCAGAACUAAUGUGGAAGUUUUGUAUAUUGAACUACCUGAUGGACAUUCAACAAAGACUAGAAUCGACGGCGUAAACAUGUGAUAGUUAGAAUUACUUCCAGUUAUCUGAAGAUAUGUUAUUUAUAUGGUGCAGAUUAUUAUAUUCAGAGUCUAUAAGUGUUAUAAAUCAGAUAAUAUAUUUAAUAAAUAAUCCAUUCAACUUCUAUACCAAAAUCUUGUGUUCCCUCCAUACAUCUACCCAAAUGUGUAGAAAGUUAAUAUUGAUGUAAUACCACAAGCUGUAUACUAUAUCUUCACUGUAUUGUAGAAAUUUGUUUACUUUUGUUCAAAUCUUUUGUAAAAUUUGGAAACUGAAUUCAUCUUUGCAAUGAAAAGUUUAGUCUUAUUUUUCGUAGAUGUUGUAUCAUUCGAAGUUUAUGCUUGAUUCGAAAUGCUUUUUUUGUAAUUUUAGAAAUUGGAUCCAAAUAAUAUUUAUUAUUUAUUUAUUUGAACAUAUAAAUAUUGGUACAAGGGGGCACCAAAUGUGUAUGCGCCACACAAAACAAUGAGAAUGGGAAGAGAAAAAGAAGGUAAGGAGCGUAAAAGAAAAAAAGAACAAUAACGACCACAGAUUAGUGUAAGGUAGUGUAAUAAUAAUAAAAAUGGGGGAACGGAAAAGUACAAUCAGAAAAAAUCUUUCAGUUAAGUAAGAUGCAACCACUUUUUACGAAGAAAGUAAAAGAAGGCUACAAGUGGAUCGCCACUGGCUUCUAUUCUGAGCCAUAUCUGAUAACGUCUCUAGCCACUGUGUCGCACCAUCUGUAGGACCUCAGCCAAAGGGUCGUGAAGGACAAACAGGAGCCAACCCUUUGCAGCUUUCUUUCAUACCACGACACCAUGUCAUGCACUGACCACCUCUCCGCUUUUUCCAAUCAGUCCCAGAGUCGGCAAAUAAUGCACGACGUGGAAUUCUCUGGGACGACAUUCAUAGAACAUGUCCAAGCCACCGAAGUCGGUGUUUCAGGAUGGUGACAUCGAUUGCAUUAUCGUCUCUGUGCCCGAACACACGAUGCCGAACCUCUGCAUUACUGACAUGGUGUUGCCACUGGAUGUCAGCAAUCCUUCGGAGACAACGAUGAUCGAACACAGAGAGUCGUCUAACGUCCUCAACUCGGAGAGGCCAGGUUUCACAAGCAUAGAGCAAAACUGCUCUCACCGACGCGUUGUAGAUCCGACCUUUUACAGCCAGACUGUUGGGAUAUUCAGAAAAAUAUCCCAAAAAUUAUCCUGUUAAGUCUAAUGCUAUCCUUGGACUUGGAAUGGCAUCAUUUUCCUGCUGGUCAGUUUUUAUUUCACGUGUCGCUUCCCUACUGAUCAAUAUUUAUUUAACGUGUCAUUUUCCUGUUGGCCAAAUAUUGUACAAAUGUUAUUUUCUAUUUUAUAGUACGUUGUGGUCUGUCUGGUUGAUAUAUAAACCGAGUAUGUUUGAAAUAAAUGAUUCAUAUCGCAGAGGCUGAGACUAAUGUUCUGGACUUAUCUGGCAGGGCUAGGUGGAAAGCAGGACCAAUCAUAACUCCAGGCUGCUCAUACGCGUUUAUGCGUCAUUGAUCCGAUCGAUAAGUCACUGCUCUUUAAUCGGCGGUCACAAGUUGUAAUACAGACUGACAUCACAAAGGCGCCAAAAAUGGCCCAGAUCGGCAUAAGCCGCUCUAGCUUUCACUAUACGUGCAUUGAUCUC